AUGCCGUUCUCAAAUCCCACGACAUGGACCUUCGACAUAGAUCGGGUCAUCAACCCGUAUGUUCCGUCACCGCCAUGGCAACACAUUCCGUACCCCGUCGCCUACAUCUUCGGCUAUCGACGCGACAAGCCUCGUAGCCUCGGCACUGUUGUCCCUGUGUUUUGGGCAUUUGUCGGUAUCUUCAUCUCUCUGUCGGUGAUUGAGCUGGCGUCGGAGCGUAUUCCUUCUUUUGUUGAGAGGAGUGCUCCCGUGAUUGUUGCAUCGUUUGGUGCUGGUGCUGUUCUUGAGUUCUACGCCAUCGAAUCUCCCCUUGCACAACCUCGAAACUUCUUCGGUGGCCAACUCAUCGCUGCGGUUAUUGGCGUCAGCAUCGCCAAGCUCUUUCUCCUCAGCAGCAGCUUCUCCUCCAUCCAAUGGCUCGGCGGCGCCAUCUCCUGCGCGACUGUGACAUCCAUCAUGGCAUUCACAAAAACGAUUCAUCCUCCCGCUGGAGCAACCGGCCUUCUCGCUGUCGUCGACAACCGUAUUGUCGAUCUUGGCUGGUUCUUCAUCCCCGUUGUGCUGUUCAACUGCACCGUCAUGUUUGGCGUUGCUAUUCUCGUUAACAACGUGCAGCGCGCGUUUCCUGUGUAUUGGUGGACACCGGAGGAUCUGAAGAAGGCGAGGACCGAGGGGCAGAGGGAGAAGCCUGCGGAUGUGGAGAGUAAGGGUGAGCAGGCUGAUGAGAGGACUGAUGAUGGGAGUGACACGGAGAGACAUGAGAGGCAUGAUGGGAGUGAGAUCAUCAUGAAGCCUGGAGGUGGAUUGGUGCUACCGAAUAAUUUGUUUCUUAUGCAGGAGGAGAUACAGUUGUUGGAGGAGAUUGCCAAUCGUUUGUAA